UGGCCGGGAAUCCACAAAACCACAACAUACUAAAAUAUAUAGUUCUCCCGAAGUGUGAUAAAAAUAAAAUAUCAAUUUUUAAAAGCUUAAGCUCGACCACAGAGUAUAAUAUUCUAUAGGAUAUGACUAGCAAAAGACGUUGGCAAUGCUGGCAUUUCAGUUCCAAUAUCACACAUUCCUUCCUGCAGUGACGUUAUCUGUGUUGUCCCUUAUCUCUUCCGCAGUAGUUUCUUGUUGUUUAUGAGUCUAUAAUUGACUCGUGAAAGUUGAAUAUUUUAAAUAAUAUAGUUUUCGAAAUAAAUUGUUUACGUACUACUAUUCUAGGAUUCUUUAGUUCUAUCUUCUAACCAUUUCAUUUAACGAUCCGAAGUGUCCAAACAACAGUUGGCCAUGUUUUGCAGAGUUAUUUCAAAAGCAGAUGUGUCGUGAUGUACUAAGUUUUUUACUUAUAUUUACAAAAUGGACGUCAAUAAAGAAUUUGAUAACUUUCGGUCAAGCAUGAAGAAUUUCAACAUAAAUGUUGCAUCAAAAUUUUUAAAUAGUACUAGCUUUAAUAUAAAAUAUGCUGGGGAAGUAAUAGAUGUACUUGGAAAGGGAUUAACAGAAGAAAAUUUUAAAAAUAGACCUGAUUAUUUUAACUUUUGUGAAAAACAGUUACUUAAAAUGGCAAAUAAUAAAGAAUAUCAAGAAGUAAUUUUUGAUUUUUUGGAUAUAAUUGAAAUGGAUGAUUGUAAAUUAUCAUCAUCUGUUUUAAUCGCAGUAACUGUUUUAGAGAAUACUGAAAAUCCAAAUCGAACAUCUUUAGAAUAUUUGUUGAUUAGUACUUUUAAUAAUUUAAAUGAAAUGAACGUCGCAAAUUUAAAGGAAAUUUUGCUAAGCAUAGUACAACUUUUAAUAAAACUAAAGAAACAUUUUCAACUUGAACAAUCAAUACUACAUUAUUUUUCUAGAAUUGCUUUCUUAGUGUUACGUGCUAACAUAGAUCCCAUUGAGUAUCUAAACUUAUUGUCUAACAUAAUUUAUGAUCCUUUUUAUUUACUUGAGUAUGAAUUUGAUGAAAAGGAAGAAGAAUUAUACAUGGCUUCAUUUUUUUAUCUAUAUUUUAAAACUGGAAUACAAUGGGGACCUAAAAUCUACAAUCAGUUUUAUGUCUUAGAAAAAUGUUGUAAUUUAGCUAUGUCCGUAUUUGACAAUAAUAAUUUUGGGAAAUCGUUUGCAAAAUUAAUUUUAACAAAAUUUAAAAAUAAUGAAAUUCCAUUACAUUCAUUGAAUAAAUAUCAUGAAAGUUUUUUAUUAGAAGCUGCACAUAGUUCAGUAUAUAAUGAACAUUUGAAUGUUAGGAAGGAAUCAAUUGAGUCAUUGAUGAUAUUCUUGGAUAAAUUAAGCACUGAUGCUCAGUAUGUAGUUCUUAAGUAUGCAUUUUUGAAACCAUUGGAAUCUUGUAUCAAAGACCAAUUGAUAAUUAAGUUGAAGGACCUGAUUAUAUUAAAACUACAAUCAAAUCAGGUUCUUGGAUAUUUUCAAGGAACAAGACUUGUAGAACUUAUUCAAUUAUGUUGUAAUAUUCCUGAUAAACUUGGAUGCAAUAUUGAAAAUUUCAAAGAACAUAUUUUGAGCGCUAUAUCACUUAUGUAUUUUUUAUCAAUCAAUAACAAUGAAAAGUUGAAUUUGGGUGAAGAAUUUUCAAAUAAAACUAAACAAUUUGUAAACAUUAUUCAAAAUACCAUCGAUAAUGCCCGCGAACAGCACAAUUUUGAGCAAAAAGUUUUAGAUGAUAAAAUUGUUGUAGAAAGCAAAGUAGAAGUAAAUAAUUUAGACUAUUCAAAAUUGUCCAAAGAUGAAAAGAAAAAUAUUUUAUCACGGAUUUACACAACUAUUACAUUAGUGCAGUUAAAUUUGGAUAUGUUGAAAAACAUCAUCAAAAAUUAAAAGAUAUUUAUGUUAAACAUUUAAGUUUAGUAUUAUGUAAAUUUUUUAUAUUUUACUUAAAUUUAAGUCACCUACCUAUCUUUAUG